AUGUACGUGAUAUGCAGCCCCAGACCCCCCAAGCCUUUCAUCCCUUCCUUCGAUCAAUUACGGAUAUCGGCGCGCUCGAAGGACAACGCGAUAGAACAUUUGUUACGCCCCAAGCGUUCUCCGUUACCUACUUCCUUGCCGCCCGAGGAUGAGGCGCAGGUCGAGGCGUUCCUCUCCGACCAAGCCUUCCGUGUUAAAUGCGGCCGGGAGACUGUGGUACACAAGGAUCUACAAAGGUUGAGACCGUGUCAGUGGCUAAAUGAUGAGAUCAUCAAUUUCUACGGAGCCUUGAUUAUGGCCCGUUGGGAGGCAGAGAAGAAGAACCGCGUUGCUGAGAAGGAAAACAGGAAGAAAUCUAGCAGGCCUGGACACCAGCUGCUGGACGUGCAUUACUUCAGUACAUUCUUCUGGACUAAGCUGGUCGAUCAAGGCUAUGAGAUGGGCAGGCUGGCGAAAUGGACGAAAAUGUUCGAUAUCUUCGCAAAAGACGUAGUCGUGAUGGCUGUCAACCACAGUAAUUCACACUGGACUGCUGCGGCUAUCAACUUCCGAAAGAAGCGUUUCGAAUCGUACGACAGCAUGGGUUUCAGUCGGGAGGCGGUCUUCAGGUAUCUUCGAGUUUUUAUCGAUACAGAACACAGACUCCGGAAGAAGCAACCUUUCGAUUUCACCGGCUGGGAGGAUUAUACGCUAUCGUCAACACCCCAGCAGGAGAACGGAUACGACUGCGGCGUGUUCACCUGCCAAUUUAUGGAAUCACUCUCCAGAGGCGAAGAAUCGUUCAACUUCACACAAAGUAACAUGCCCUACCUCCGGAAACGCAUGAUCUGGGAGAUUGGCAACACAAAGUUAAGGGACGACUGA